AUUGAAACCCGGAGUUCGCCAUCUUCAGAGUGCUGCAGCUGGUUGCUCACCGUGAGCCAUCGCGUCUGCCCGGAUUACGGUGUGAUGUCCACUUGCCUAACAUCUAAACAGGAAAAAAACGGCUGUCUGACUCAAACGAUUAGCGGAAACGUAACACAGAAGCGCAAACACUUGAGAAAAAAAAGAGUGAUUAGGGAAGUACUAGAAGUAUAAAGCGACGUGAGCUCGAAGAAAUUGGGUCCACCUAGGUACAAUCUCGCAACGUUGACCGAAUUGAAGAAUUCUUCACCAGCGCGCCGCCAACCCUGCCCAUACGGAUAUCGAUUCCUCCAAGUCAACAACAGUUUCGGUUGGGUGCGACGACCGAGCCUGUCCAAACGGCGACUGUCCGAGAACGCCGUGCGCACGAGGUGGUGCCUUGCAUGAUGGGCUUCAUCACUGAGCACACCGAGGUUCCAGUGGCGGUGAUUUCCGCUGUUGUCAUUGUUGGUUCUACACUGCUGUGUUUGCUUCGAUUUGUUCGCCGAAUUGCAUCCGACAAAGAAGAAUCCCACGAGGAAGCUCCAGGCAGACUUUAUGAAGAUGAAGAUGGAAUCUCUACUCGCGAAUCCAUGGCUGGUUACAUUGUACGACCGCAGAAGAUCAUUAUCCUCAUCGCGGCUUGCUGUGGUCUUUUCGCAUCGAUAGCGUUCGGAAUCAGAGUAUCUGCGACUCCGGCCAAGACGACCAACCACGGAAUGGCCAUUGCGUGGAUUUCCACGGCCAAUUGGGCCUGUCUCUUCGUGCAAAGCAUCUUUCUGUAUCUCGAGCGAGCCUGUGGCCCCAGUUUUGGUCACUGUAGGCGCUUAUUCGUGCUCGCGAUGACGUUCCUGGUAGCGGAAUCGGCAAUCCUGCUUUUGAGGCCUCCCUCGGGCAUCAGGACUCCAGACUUCUGGUUCCCUAUCAUCCAGGUCCUUUCAACGAUCGCGGUCGCCACGGCGGCGGUCUUUAUUCCGCGACGGCCUGAUGUGUAUUUCAACGGCCAGCAAGUUGACGGGAUGCGAACUGCUUGCUUGUUUUCACGAUAUACCUUCUACUGGGGAACCACGAUCCUCCAAAAGGCGGUAGAAAAGGGCCACUUUGAUGAGGAGGACCUUCCUGUUCUAGAUCGUGCAAGACGAGCAGAACGUCUUCAGGAGGAAUUCUACGCCAUCCAAAAGUCUCCAAAGUUGUAUCGGCACAUCUUCCGGGUGCACUGGAAAACAUUUAUGAUGACUUGGGGCCUGACUGUCAUCGCGACACUGUCGACCUUCACCCCACCGCUCAUCUUGAAUCAACUCCUGAAAUACCUGGAAAAGCGCGACAGAGGAGAGGGAGACGACAUAACACAAGCUUGGCUGUGGGUUGCAGCACUCGGCCUCAUCAAGCUCUUCGAAACUAUGAUUCUAUCAUAUAUGUACUGGCUGUCUUAUAUGGGUUUGAUGAUUCCACUUCGAAACCAGCUGUCUGCCGUCGUGUUUUCGAAAACUAUGCGGAGAAAAGAUGUCAAGGGAACGCAGAAAGCAGGCGAAACCGAAGGCAAUGGGGAGAAGGAAGACGAGGAAGACGAGUUGAAAGACACCAAGCAAGGCGUAAUCAAUUUGCUUUCUGUAGACUCCGAACGUAUAGCUACCUUCUGCGCUCUGUCGAAUAUCUUUAUCGAGUCAUUCACAGGGACAAUAUUUGGCUUCAUUUUCAUUAUCAUCAUCCUCGGGUGGCAGAGCUUGGUUGCGGGUAUGGCCGUCAUAGUCGUUACGACUCCACUGAACAUCUACUGCACGAAGAAAUAUUCCAAGGCUCAGGACGACUUGAUGAAGAUCAGGGACAAGAAAAUGGCUGUUGUAUCGGAAGCCCUGCAAGGCAUCCGGCAAAUCAAGUUCUCUGCCUUGGAGGAUAGAUGGGAGCACAAAAUCCGAUGUGUGCGCGAAGAGGAGCUGGGUAUACUCAAGAGAGUGUUCAUUGCAGAUACCAUACUCAUCGCGGUCUGGAUAAUCAAUCCAGUGUUUCUCUCAGCAGUGGCGCUCUCAGUUUAUGCGAUAAUCAAUGGCUCAAUUUCGCCAUCGAUUGCCUUCUCGGCACUGGCCAUCUUCGGUGAACUGGAGUGGACUCUCUCGAUCGUACCAGAAAUGGUCACAGAUGGUUUCGACGCAUUCGUCAGCGUUCUGAGGAUCCAAAAAUAUCUCGAUUCUGCGGAGAUGAAAAAGACCACCACGGAUUCGCGCAGGGUCGCAAUGGUACAUGCUACUUUUGCCUGGUCUGCGGAUACGGAUGCCGAAGACGAGGCGGAUAGGUUCUGCUUACGCAAUAUCAACUUGGAAUUUCCUCUCGGCGAACUGAGCAUUGUUUCGGGACGUACAGGCUCGGGCAAGAGCUUGCUUCUAUCGGCACUGCUGGGCGAGGCGGAUCUGAUCAGUGGUAGGAUCGAGAUGCCCCCGGCACCAGCCUGGGAGGAGCGUUUCGACUCUAAAGCAACACCAAGCAACUGGGUAUUGCCUAAUGCCGUUGGAUUCGUAGCGCAAAUUCCGUGGAUAGAGAACGGAACAAUUAAGGACAACAUCCUCUCCGGUCUGCCAUUCCACGAGCGAAGGUACCGCCGAACCAUCGAGGCAUGCGCGCUUACCAAAGAUCUCGAGAUGCUUACCGACGGAGACAUGACUGAAAUCGGUGCCAAUGGAAUUAACCUGAGUGGUGGACAACGCUGGAGGGUUUCUUUUGCUCGCGCUGUUUACUCACGAGCCGGAAUAUUGAUCCUGGACGACAUCUUCUCAGCUGUCGAUGCUCAUGUCGGGAAGCACAUCUUCGAGAACGGAUUGACUGGUGAUCUGAUGCGUGGCCGCACCCGUAUACUGGUUACCCACCACCUCAAGCUCUGCAUGUCCGAGGCUGCAUAUGCGGUAUUCCUGUCAAAUGGUACCGUCGAAAAUGCGGGGUCGGUGGCACAUUUGCAGGAGCUCGGCAUCCUUGACCGUAUCAUCGCUAAGGUAGAAGACGGUGCUGAAGAGGCAGAGGAGCAAAUCGUAGAGGAAGAUAACGAACUGCGGAGGACUAUCACGAGAGAGAGUGCCAUGUCUCGUCAGACUGACCACGUUGGCCAUGGGGCUCCCAUCAUCAUUCCUAAGACGCUGCAGUUCAUUCAGGAUGAGGAGAGAGAGCGAGGUGCUGUGAAGUGGACGAUAUACAAGGCGUAUCUAACUUCGAGUGGAGGUUUCUGGGUAUGGGUAUUCAUUGCGAUAUUCUUUGCUUUCCAGGAAUGUCUGCUUAUAGGAAGGCAAUGGUGGAUCAAGUCCUGGACCUCGGAAGGAGCUCAAGUAUCUGCACACCAUAUCACCAGUUUGAUGCAAUACUCUUUGCAGAGGCUUGCAAUUGUGGCAUCCGAAAACCACACUCUCGUCUACUGGAUUGGUGUUUACACAGCUUUGAGUUUCAUCGCUUGCCUUUUUGGCACACUAAGAUACGGCUAUGUCUUCAUGACUUCACUUCGGGCAUCACGUGUCCUCUUUGAUGAAUUGCUCAAUGUGGUUCUUCGGGCACCUCUUCGAUGGCUGGAUACUGUACCUACAGGGCGGAUACUAAACAGAUUCAGCAAGGACUUUGAGACUGUUGAUUCGCGUCUGACGAACGACAUUGCGUACCUUAUGUGGAACUUAUUCCGAGUAGUGGGCACCAAUAUUGCCGCUGUUUACCUCUCGCCCUACGUUCUACUCGUUGCCUUGGUAUGCCUCGGCGUCAAUAUCCAAUACGCCUUCCACUAUCUGGCUGGUGCACGGGAGAUCAAACGGCUAGAAAGCAACAGCCGAAGCCCUAUCUUCGAGCUCUUCGGCGCAGCGCUGACCGGCGUCGCCACAAUCCGAGCAUUCGGGCGAUCUCAAGGGUUCACCGACCGAAUGUUCGCCAGAAUCGACGUAUUCGGGCAGCGCACAUGGUAUAACUGGGUGUUCAAUCGAUGGGUUGGGCUUCGCAUGAGUCUUGUCGGCACGGUAUUCGCGGUAGUUAUCGGAGUCCUCGUGGUCGCGAUGCGUGACAUCGAUGCGUCUAUGGCGGGUUUUGCUCUGAGCUUUACGCUUAAUUACACUGGAUACGUCAUCUGGACCUUGAGACGCUACGCAAAUGUGGAGCUGGACAUGAACAGCACCGAGCGGAUUGUGGAAUACACCUCGCUUCCAACCGAAGACCGAGGCGGCGUUCUUCCGCCCGCUGCAUGGCCUACCGAGGGCAGGGUUGAAGUCGACGAUCUGUACGUUAGUUACGCACCAGAGCUCCCACCCGUCCUCAAGGGAAUUACAUUCGACGUCCAGCCUCGGGAGCGUGUAGGACUUGUCGGUCGAACCGGCGCCGGAAAGUCAUCCCUCACCCUCGCACUAUUCCAGUUCAUCCGAGCAACCUCCGGCACAAUCUUCAUCGACGGUAUCGACAUCUCCACCGUCAACCUUCGUGAGCUGCGUAGUCGUCUCGCGAUCAUUCCACAGGAUCCCGUGCUCUUCUCUGGAACUAUCAGGUCCAACCUGGACGCGUUUAAUGAGUACACUGAUGCAGAGCUGCAGGAGGCGCUCCAGCGAGUGCACGUUGUGGGAACGUUGACCGCCGACUCAUUCUCGGCAUCCGGCUCCUCGGCGACGGGUGGUGAAAAUCUGAAUGUCUUUGCUAGCCUAGACUCGAAGGUUUCGGAAGGAGGUCUCAAUCUGAGUCAAGGGCAAAGACAACUGCUCUGCCUUGCUCGAGCCAUCGUUUCGCGGCCCAAGAUACUCGUGCUGGAUGAGGCUACGUCCGCCGUCGAUAUGGAGACAGAUGCCCUCAUCCAGAAGAGUAUCCGCGAGGAGUUUAGGGACUGCACGACGCUUGUUAUUGCGCAUAGAUUACAGACGGUGAUGGACUAUGACCGGAUUUUGGUUCUUGGUGACGGAAAAGUUUUGGAAUUCGAUUCUCCCUGGAAAUUAAUACAGGCAAAGGGUGCCUUUUACGACAUGGUCCAGCAAACUGGUGCGGAAAGUGAAAUUCUGGAAGACAUUGCGAGGAAGGCAGCUAGUGCCGAAGAUCUAAUGAGCUUUUGAUGAGAUGGUCGUGGGGAUUUCAGUUUCCUUUUUUCUUCUUUUCGUAUGUAGGUGUCAAUCGAAAAUUGGCUUCGUUCUCAGA